AUGCCUCCAAAGAACACACCCAACAAAGUCACCAAGCCCGCGGGCAAGGGCAAAGAAGCCCAGACUUCCCCCACUGCCAGUUCGCCUACUAAAAAGGGGCCCCGUGGCUCUACCGGCCCCUCUUUCGAUACUGUGGAAUUCCUCUGGGCCUGCUUCAAGAAUUCCGGUAGCCCUCAGGUUAACUACAAAGCAGUUGGUAACGAGCUUGGUCUUACUGCAGCGGCCGCCAAGGCCCGCUUCUACCGCCUGAGAGCCCAACUUGACGGUGACAACAAGGAGAACAAGGCUGGCAAAGCUACGGCCAAGCAGGAGGAUGAGGAUGCUGCCGAGACUGAGGAUGUCGAGGACUCCCACUACGACGUGUGA